AUGCCGUUUUUCUCAUCAACUCAUAACAUUAUUUCUUUGGCAGCGCAACUGGAAAAGUCAAUUGCAGUGGCAGCUCAGAUGAGUUAUGUCUCUCGUUUAUUCCCACCGUACUACAAAUACGCGGUGUUUCUAUUCGUCGGAUUUCAAUUUCUCUACUGUGCCUUCGUACUCGCAAUAAGUGAAGCUUACUACAAAUCUGCCGCACUAAUUCUACCCAUAGCUUACCGGAUGUUUGAUGACACUGUGAAGAAAAAUGUGCCGGGAUUUGACUGGACCCAGGAGGAGCAGCACCAGCUCGAAAUGUACAAAUACAAGAUGAUGAUCCUAUGGGUAGUGUCAACGGUUGGAGUGCUACUGUGUAUGCUCAUCAUAAUUCCUCAGUUUUUUGACUUCAACGACAGGAAGGGGAAUCCCAGUCACCUGUGUCUUGUACAUCGACGGCUCGGUUGGGUGAUGUUCGCCAUCAUGGCAGUAUUUGUGAUGACAAUGCUGUUGGCUGUGUUAUGGGCAUGGUUUGGAUGUGGAGCGGCGUCGCGAUCAUUCCACGAACAUUUCGGUCUAGCCGAAAAGGAGGAGAUUUUUCUUACAGAACUUGAGGAGAAACUCGACUGCAUCAGUGACGACGACAAGGAGGUGCUUGACGAGCAUAGGUGCUGGCAAAACGUCUCGAUUGGUUUUGUUCACGAUCUUUGGCUAGACCUCUUGUUGUACGUCUACGUGGUUGGGAAUAUUCUCGCUUUUCUUGCGAUUCCGUUCUUCAACAAAUUGCUGAUCAAGCCUGACGACGACGACGUGGACGAAAAGCUUCUCGAAGCGUAG